AUGCUGGAGAAUUCAAAGAAUGUCGCCUCUCUGGAAAGAGCUCACGGGCAAGAGGAAAGAAACUACAUGCAGCAAUUCCACACACAUCAUCCCAAAGGAGAGGAAGAUAAAAAGAAGUUGGCCAACAAAACAGGAUCAAAAGGUUUGGAGAGGAAGCAAGUCACCAAGGGAAUCGACAAAAAAUCCAUUUUCCCAUGUGCCGCUGCUCAAGACUUUCUCGCCGAGCAAAAGGAUCGAGAAAAAAAGAAGAGAAAAUGUGCAGGGGGCAACUUGAAAGUGUGCAAAGACAGAUUUGAUGUAAGCAAACCUUACAGGAGCCACCUGAUGGGAGAAAAAUAUCCCUGCGGGGAGGCAAAAAAAUAUUCAGAUUGGACUGUCUCUACCCGUGGAAGCAUCCAUGUGGAAGAAAAGCUAUUAUAUAGGUGCCGGGAAUGCGGAGAAAGCUUCGGCAGCAACAAUUCCCUCAUUUCCCACCAAAUAACCCACACAGGAGUGAAACCCUAUAAAUGCAUGGAGUGUGGGAAGAGCUUCAGAAAACGCAGUUACCUUACUUGUCACCGAAGGAUCCACACGGGGGAGAAACCCUUCAAAUGCGCAGAGUGCGGGAAGAGCUUCAGCAAGAACAGUUCACUUACUUACCAUAGAAGGAUCCACACGGGGGAGAAACCCUUUAAAUGCGUCGAGUGUGGAAAGACCUUCAGUAAGAACAGUUCCCUGACUUCCCAUACCAGGAGCCAUUCGGGCGAGAAGCCGUAUCGGUGCCUGGAGUGUGGAAAGAGCUUCCGGUGGCACAGUCAGCUGACUUCCCAUAAAAGGAUCCACACGGGGGAGAAACCCUACGAAUGCACGGAGUGCGGGAAAAGCUUCAGCACUAGCAGCAGCCUCACUUCCCAUAAAAGGCGCCAUUCCGGCGAGAAACCCUACGAAUGCCCAGAGUGUGGGAAGAGCUUCCGAGGUAGCAGUGCCUUUGCUUCUCACAAAAGGAUCCACACGGGGGAGAAGCCGUACAAAUGCACGGAGUGUGGGAAAAUCUUCCGAAAGAGCAGUUCCCUUGCUUCCCAUAGAAGCAUCCACACAGGGGAGAAACCCUACAAAUGCUUGGAAUGCGGUAAGAACUUCCGGGAAAAUGGAUCCCUGACUUCUCACAAAAGGAUUCACCAAGGGGAGAAACCCUAUAAAUGCACGGAGUGUGGAAAGAGCUUUAGCCAAAGCGGGAAUCUGAUUUCCCAUAAAAGGAGCCACUCGGGUGAAAAACCAUACAAGUGUGCGGAGUGCGGGGACAGUUUUAUGUGGAACAGUCAGCUGACAUCACACAGAAGUCUCCACACAGGGGAGAAACCGUAUAAAUGCGCCGACUGCGGGAAGACCUUCAGCGACAUCAGUCACCUGACUUCUCACAAAAGGAUCCACACAGGGGAGAAACCAUAUAAAUGUGCGGCAUGUGGAAAGAGCUUCAGCCAAAACAGUUCCCUGAUUCUCCACGAGAGGAUUCACACUGGGGAGAAACCCUAUAAAUGCACGGAGUGUGGAAAGAGCUUCCGUGAAAAGAGAUCUCUUCAUUCCCACAAACUGAUCCACACCGGGGAGAAACCGUAUAAAUGUAUGGAGUGUGGAAAGCACUUCCGUGAAAAGAGAUCUCUUCGUUCGCAUAAACGCACCUGCUGCCAGCGAAUCACAACAAUAUAUAUUAAGCCAUGA